AUGGACGUCAAUCAGCCCAUUUGCAUAGACAAUGGGUCUGGGACCAUCAAGGCCGGUUUCGCAGGCACCGACAUGCCUUCCUGCUUCUUUCCAUCCUUUGUCGGUCGUCCGAAACAUCAACGAACCAUGGCAGGCGCACUAGAAGGUGACCUCUUCAUCGGCCAACGCGCUAGUUCCCUACGUGGUCUCCUGAAACUUCACUACCCACUGCAACACGGCAUGGUGACCGAUUGGCAAGACAUGGAACGUCUUUGGCAACACAUCUAUAUGGACGCCUUACAAGUCAGUCCAGAGGAACAUCCUGUUCUUCUAACGGAAGCGGCGCUGAAUCCACGAAAACAUCGUGAUCAAGCGGCAGAGAUUUUCUUUGAGACAUUCAAUGUACCGGCGUUAUUUGUGAGUAUUCAAGCAGUCUUGGCGUUGUAUGCAAGUGGACGAACAACGGGCAUUGUGCUGGAUUCAGGAGACGGCGUCACGCAUGCAGUACCGGUGUAUGAAGGAUUUGCUAUUCCUUCUGCCAUUCGACGCAAUGAUCUUGCCGGUCGCGAUGUCACUGAACACUUGAGUCUGCUACUACGAAAGGAACAAGGCUUCCGUACCACCACCACGGCAGAAUUGGAGAUUGUACGGGAAAUCAAGGAACAAGCUUGUUUUGUUGCACUUGAUCCAAAGCGAGAAGAACGCGAUUGGUUGGCAACACGGCAGGGUGAUCAGUACAAGUUGCCUGAUGGACGCAUCUUGGAUCUUGCUCUUGAACGCUUCAGAGCGCCUGAGAUUUUGUUUAAUCCAGAAUUGGUUGGCUCAGAAGCAGAGGGGAUUCCUGCAUUACUGGUAGGGAGUAUCAAUCAAGUGGAUCUCGACCUACGAGCAGACUUAUAUCAAAACAUUGUUUUGUCUGGUGGCACCACAACGACUCGAGGAUUCGGUGAGCGACUCAUGCGUGAAGUCAGGGGACGCGUCCAAGAAGGUGCGACUGUCAAGAUUUACGCACCGGCUGAACGACGCUAUAGUACAUGGAUGGGUGGGAGUAUCUUGGCUGGACUGAGUACCUUUCGUCGCAUGUGGGUCUCGAAUGAGGAUUACCGCGAGAACCCAGAAGUCAUUCACACGAAAUGUCUGUAG